AUGAACGACCGCAACCGUCUCGUCCCGGCGAGCGAGGUCAAGGAGCUGAUUGACGAUGGCAAGCUCAUUGUCAUCCACGAGGGCUACGCACUGAAGCUGGACAGCUGGAUAAAUAAGCACCCUGGUGGCCGGUUGGCCAUCCUCCACAUGGUCGGUCGAGAUGCGUCGGAUGAAAUCAACGUGUACCAUUUCGCAAAAACCCUGGCCAUUAUGAAGGCCUACCGCAUUGGUCGUAUUCAAGAACCCUGGACCAACCUUGAGCCUCCAAUCCGCGCCGGCACGUCGGUCUUCAAGAGCCCUGUGCCAGAGAUAUACACAGACGACUCCGCCGUAGACGACAGCCCCGCAUCCGCUUAUGACCUCGCUACCGCUACUGAUGAUGACAAUGACGACGACGGCAACUCCAUCUUUAGCCACUCGUCCAAGCGCGAUCCGCUUAGUUCCAGCAACUCGAGUGUCGGUGCAUCCGACUCGGACACCAAGCCGACCACGAAGGAAGAUGGCGAGUGCAGACGCAGGAACGUCAACGCAAAGGCCACAGCUGCUGAAAAGACCGCAGAGCUUCUGCCCGGCAAGGGUCUGUCGCGCGAGGCCUACACGGCUGCCCUGGAGCAAAAGGAAAUCGCAGAUGGCAUCCGUGACUAUCCCUCUCUGGAUGCCGAGACGCAGCAGAAGAUCCGAGAACAGUACCGUGCCCUUCACAAGGAAAUCCAGGACCGAGGCCUGUAUCAAUGCCCCUACUCAGAGUACGGCAGGGAACUGAUUCGGUACUCGGCGCUGUUCGGCAUGUUCCUGUACCUGCUUCACAUCGAGUGGUACAUGUCUUCUGCCACCUUCCUCGGCCUCUUCUGGCAGCAGAUCAUGUUCACCGCUCACGACGCCGGCCAUCGUGGGAUCACCGGAAACUUCGUCGUUGACACUGUCAUUGGCGCAUUCAUUGGCGACUUCUGCUGCGGUCUUUCCAUUGGCUGGUGGAAGAGUUCGCAUAACGUCCAUCACCUGGUCACCAACAUGCCGGAGCACGACCCUGAUAUUCAGAAUAUCCCUCUUUUCUCCAACACGCCGACAUACUUCAAAUCUAUCCGCAGCACAUUCUACGACUACACUUUCGUCUGGGACAAGGCCGCCGACAUCAUGGUACCUUAUCAGAAGUAUGUGUACUACCCUAUCAUGGGAGUGGCACGCUUCAACCUCUAUAUUCUGUCGUGGCUGCACCUCCUCUCUCCCCGCGCCACACAGCUUGGUUCGGCCUGGUGGACUAGGUGGCUUGAGGUCGUCUUCAUGGCAUGCUACUGGGCACUUUUCGGCUAUGUGCUGGUCUGGCGCUCGUUGCCCGACUGGCAGACGCGUAUCUACUUCGUUCUCAUGUCACACGCGAUGACCAUGUUGCUUCACGUACAGAUCACCCUAUCGCACUGGGGCACGCCAACCUCCGACCUGGGUCCGACCGAGUCGUUCGCACAGCGCCAGAUCCGUACUACCAUGGACGUCGACUGCCCGGAGUGGCUUGACUGGCUGCACGGAGGUCUGCAGUUCCAGGCCGUACACCACCUGUUCCCCAGAGUCCCACGCCACAACCUACGCAAGUGUCAGACACUCGUGCGUGAAUUCUGUGCAGAGACCGGCAUUAGGUACCAGUGCAAGGGCUUCGUAGAGGGCAACAAGGUCGUGCUGAGCCGUUUGCAAGAGAUUUCAAAGAUGGUGGACAUAUUGGUGCAAUGUCAGCUGCAUAUGGCGGAGACUGGCGAGAGCGGGCUGCACUGA